AUGGCACAUUCAUCUCACCUCCUCAUCUUUCUCACCUUCUUGCUCUCUUUCCUCGCCAUCUCUACCUCUGCAGCUCCCACAACCUUUGCAGAAGUAGAGGAAUCAUGGCAAAGAGGUCUUUCCGAGAAAGACAUCCACACCGCAAUAGACCAACACCCCACACCAUCCUACCACUCUCAGAUACCUUAUUCCCACCAACACGCCAGCGAUGAAGAUAAAGAAACGGGCUUUCAAGGCAUGUUAGACGAACGCACCAUGGCUGUGCGCAGAAAGCUCAACAGUGUCAUCGGUGAGAAAAGGAGAGGGUUUGUGGCUGUUUUGUUUGGUGGAAGCAGAGAGAUAGAGGGAGAAGGGAAUGAGGGUGUAGAGGUGUUGAGGCCGGUCAGGAAUAGACGGUGGCAGUUUUGA